AUGACCGACGUUGAGGAAGCAUUCACAUCAACGAUCGACAUGGAGGACAUCCUUACAAGGUUGCAUACGCAAUGCGACUACGAACGUUUGGAAAGCGAGAUGGAACGAAUGAAGGAAGAGUUAGACCAGGAACGAAUGAGGGCAUUGGAAUUGGACAAUCGAAUAGCGGAUUUGAGUGACGGACGAAACAGUAUGAUAAUCCUCUCAUUUGGUUUGUUUCUUGCCUUCUUCUCUAUUGCCUUCUUCCUUGCGGGACCCAAAUCUUCUCGCUUUUUGUCAAAAGAAAAAGAUUUUGAGACUGUGUCGUACAGCGAACGACAAGAAUUGUUCUGGGGAAUCCCACGAAUCCUGAAAUUGACGAUCUGA